CAGCCUGCUCUCCUUGCCAGCUGGGAGAUGCUCACCCUCCUCCUCCUCCUCCUCCUGCAAGAUGGGACCAAGGCUGCUCCUGCUGAUGCUGUUGCUGCUGUUGUAAGGCUUUGAGCAUCUUUCUUUGGUGGGACCCAGGCAGCUCUUCUCAGUUGAGGCAGAACAUGCUCUAAACAGAUUCUGCCCAAGUCAGCGACUACCCAAAAGUCACUAUGGCAACCAAGCAACCUCCCCCUCUAAUGAAGAAGCACAGCCAGACAGACCUUGUAAGCCGUCUGAAGACACGGAAGAUCCUAGGGGUUGGGGGGGAGGAUGAUGACGGUGAAGUUCAUAGGUCCAAGAUCAGUCAAGUCCUGGGCAAUGAAAUUAAAUUUGCUGUGAGGGAACCCUUGGGACUCAGGGUUUGGCAGUUUGUGUCAGCCAUCAUCUUUUCUGGGGUUGCCAUCAUGGCUCUUGCCUUUCCUGAGCAGCUCUACGAUGCUGUCUUUGAAGAAGAAUCAGUCAACAGUAAGAUGCCCAUCCGUCUGUAUGGAGGAGCCUUGCUUAGUAUCUCCCUCAUCAUGUGGAAUGCCCUGUACACAGCUGAGAAGGUCAUCAUCCGUUGGACCCUGCUAACAGAAUCAUGUUAUUUUGGGGUACAGUUCUUGGUUACAAUCAUCACACUGGUGGAAAGUGGUCGAGCAUCCACAGGCGCGACUCUUCUUCUUACCAGCCGGGUCCUCUUUGUACUUAUCAGCCUUUAUUAUUAUUACCAAGUUGGACGCAGGCCCAAGAAAAUCUAAUCUUCAAGACUUUUGGGAUGUGGGUGGGGUGGUGGGCAGAGGGGCUUGUCAAACAUUUUACAUUCUUCUUUUUCUUUUGGUACAUUUUAUAUUUUGUCUUUAAAAUCACACUUCCUUAAGGCAUGCAUCAAUGUAUAAAUCCAGAACUGGUGUUUACUGCUGCCAUCAGAGCUUGAAGAGGAGAGAUCAAAGCCAGUCUGGAGAAUGAUGGUAGGCCAAAGUAGGUGAGAAAAGAGAAUGUGGAGCUAACAAGGGCUAAUCAGAUCUAGGUGGUUGUGGAGGGAUUAGUUUUACAGAGAAAAGUGGCACAUGAUCAAAGUGAAGGGACAUGUGGAAAUGGAGCAAUCCCUCAAAGCUGAAUUCAGAAUGCAAAAGCUGCCAAAUAACCCUCAUUAAUGGCAGACUAGGAGGAUUGCAGUGGCCUGCAGACUGAAAGUUAUGCUGCCUACCACCAAAAGAUGUUUCUUGCCUGAGAUUGCACAGGCACUGCUAGUAAUACUAAAUCCAUUUUUGGCUUAAUGUCUGAAAAGUCAGGGCUCAGCGGCUAAGUGAUCGCUUGGAUGUUAAUAUCACUGCCAUGUCUGCAAACCUCUGAUGUUUUAGGAACCAAUGAGCCUAGUAAUUUAAUGGAAAACUGAUGGAUUUUUGAAGGAGGACUGGUGAAAAUAUCCGAAUCACCUACUGCUUCCCCAUGGGUCAGUUUCCCCUUCUUGCAACUGAGUGUUGCUUGUAUUGAUUUAUUUUUGUGGCGCCAGGCAUUACAGAACCCCACCCCAUGUGAUUCCAGAGAUAACACUGGGAAAAGGGGAAAGGGAAGCAUAUAAGAGAUAAAAGAAACCAUCCAUUUACAUCAGUUAAAGCAAACAAGUGUGAACACAGGGUAUUGGAAACAUCUGCCAUUCAUCCCCUUAUGUUGCAAGGGAAAAUAUGUUCUCUACCUAUAUUGGAACACAAUUAUAAAUAAGUAGCCAAGGAAUUUUCAGGAAUAAGCUGCUAUGAACAGUACUCAUGUAUUCCUUGGCUAGUUCAGCACAUACACCACAGUGAUGUGUAAGUUGCUAUUUAAUUCAAACCCCUUGGUUUUGGUGGUUGGUCAUCGUCUGUGAAAUUGAAAUGUUCUUGAAAGCAAAUGAAGAUGUGUGUAUAGGGGUGGAGUGGGAUGGUGGGAUUGAUUCCCAGAGUUUGGGAAAGUUAAUUUUUGAACUAAAACUGCAGAACACCCCAGCCAGAAAAUUAAUUUUUCCAUGUUCUGUCGAUUCCUGUGUCACUUCAUUUGUAUGGUGGCAUGUUACCCCAACAGGAAUGCUGCAUUCCCCAUCAGAUGUAUUGAGUGACUGAAUGUAUCCUGUUCUAAACCAUAGCUCUGGGAAGGAGUUUGCAUGUGGGUUGCCUACCCUCUACCCCACUCCCAGGUGUUUUUUGUGGGCAUGAAUACCACACAACCCCCUGGGUAGCUUAGCUAUGCUGAGUAGGAGGAGCCAUUCAGCCUAGGGAUAUAUAUGCUGUCCCCCAUCUAUGAUGGCCUCUGCCAUGUUUACUAGUUUUGAAUGACAUCCCAAACUUUCAGUUAUCAGUGUUUAUUUUUUAACCAUUCAGUCACUUAACCAAAAUAAAUCAGGAUUAGCAUAAAAGUUUAAAUUAUACCUAAUUCAUUGAAUCCACUCUUAUUUAUUAUACCUUUUUAAAAAGAAAAAUGAUGUUAGGGUAGUGUAGAGUAGAUUAUGGGGACAUUUGAGGUAUUGCCAGUCUGCCCAGGGUUGCCUAUGUGUCUUUCCCAGACUGUGUGUAGUCAAGAGGCAGACAGGCCAGCACUGGAGAUCUCAUCUGUCUCUGUCUUUCCCCUGCCGUCCCCAGCUUGGAAUUAUCUGCCAAAACCUUCAGAUGAAAUUGGAAGGUGCUUGUUAUCCCCAAGGAGGCCUAGAAAUGAACCCACUAUGUACUGCUUAAGGCUUUGCUCUAGAAUUUUACAGUCUAGGUUUUUAUUAAAAAACAACAACCCAUACUGAAGAACUUCACGUCUACCUUUAAAUAUACAUCUCAUGAUAGUUUUUGUGUGUGUUGCCCAAAAUCAGGAGAACUAUAUCUUUUGAUGUGGAUUUGAAGGCUCACCAGUACAGACCACCUAAGAUGAGCCAAGGUGCAACAACUACAGACUAAUCAAGGGUAGGUUGCUUUCUUCUGGGAUGCAGAACUUUACCUACCAGAUAACCGUGCUUAACGUUUAAAAUCAAAGCAACACCCUUAUACUCAUGGCAAGAACAAAAUUGUAUUUGUAAAGGCACAGAAAUGUUCCAUGGACAGCUGGCAACGUGUGCUGUCUUUUGGCUGCAGUGGGUCUCGCCCCCCCAAAACUGCCUCACUUAUCUUUUGGGAUUUAUCAAAUGUGCAUGAACUUGGACAACUAUGUGCAUCGCAGCUAAUGGCCACAUGAAGACCAUACAUCAAAUGGAAAUCCUCAAAUUGUCUUGAACUUUUGAUAAAUGUAGUGAUUCAUGUGUAGACUUUAAAAUCCAAGGAUAGUGACUAGUAGUCCAGUGUGAGGCUAAAUUCCUCCACAGGAGCAAUUUUUGUUCAUGCUACAUUCAAGUGUCACUUACCAUUCUUGGUCUCUGGAAAAGAUGGUCUGUACACUGUGUGAAAUAAGUUUGAUUUUCAGCAA